AUGAUACAACUAGGCCAAUAUCCUCCCCGCCGCGCCAACUGCUUUGUCCCUCCUCGGCGCCUGCCAUCUUGCUUUGUCCAGCCAGAAGGCGCGGCCAUCAAUUUGCGCUCCGCCACGCCUGAGGGCGGAUGGAAGCAUAUGAAGGUCGCCACAAAGCCCACUAUCAAGGCGUGCUUGGUGUAUGUCGGUGACUGCGGCGCCAAGGCAUUUACCAUUGCUGCGACCAACAUGGACGCCAUCGCUGGCACUGCGGGUGACUCAACAGACAUUCUCACCCAGCUUCGUUGCCUCUCUGGCAGCUGCCUCAACUACGCUGAUGGGACCGAAAAAGCGUUCGAUGCUUGGCUCCUCUGCUUGACAGGGUUCCACACCGCGUCGGUCCAGAAGCAUGGCACCACGGAGGCCGUGGGCGAGGCCAAUGUCUCGCUCAAGCUGCAAGCCGAGGUAGAAUCCUCCUUCAAGGAAACUUGCGCCAUGGGAGCAAUCAAUGCUAUCGCUCAGGCUGGGCCUUCAACUGUGGCUCAGACUCUUCCUGCCCUCAUCAACGGCAUGAGUCCCAUAUCGGUCCUCAAGUCAGCCGCAAGAGCCUUUGGCAAAGCUGCAAUAGACGACGCAGCCAACGCUCCCGGCGAUCCUCCCAUGACCGGUGCUCUAACCAGAGCCGCUGUUGGUCAAGCUGCUGUCAACAGCGGCUCUGCUCUCGCUCAAACAGACGCAACGCCCCUAACUGAUCCUGCUUACGCCGCGACACCACUGCUGGCCCCUUUCUUAACAGCAUGUACUCACGAGGAUGGCAAAGUCCAGCAGGCUCACGGCCUCACUUGGUUGCCAACCAACGCCAAGCAACAGGAGAAAUCGGCACAGCUCGGCACCGGUGAGCCCAGCAGAGAGCUCAAGAGUGCCUUCGCAUUGAUGAUUAAGAUUAUCGAGGCCAUCAAGACCAAGGUGCUCAAGUCUUCAGACAUGACCGGCGGCGGCACUGAUGCAGCGAUCAUCAAGGCCUAG